UUUUGGAUUUUUAAUCUCCUCUCUGUACCUUCUGUGCAGUGAGGCGACUACUGUUCUGUGCAAAAUUCGGACUCAACCUCGUUAUCAUGUGUCAUUUACUCUGCCAACUAUUUGUGGCACCAACCACUCGUCUGGCUAUUAUUUUUGUCGCAUAUGGCUCCUCGCAUUUGACAUCAUCGUCCGAUGGUAUCAUCAAUGUGCUUGGGCGAUUUCCGAUAUUUUGGAUACUAGUGAAGGAUAAUAUUUUUUCCUCCAUCUCUCAGCCGGAACCCUUCUUCGUCACCAUGUUCCUUGUGAACACAGCUGACGGUCGUCGUGUUAGUGAAGACUUCCACUGGAAUCCCAACACCCCCUUGGUGGACGCCAUGAUUCCUCCCGAACUGUUUCGCCAGUUAGCGUGGACAAACGCCAGCGUCCAACUCGAUGCAAAGAACUGCAGUGUUGAAGUGAAAUCGUUUGUCAACACGCCUCACUCUCCGACAGAUCGAACGAGGGUUCAGCGGCCUCAUCGUGGUUCUGCUCCUGCCCCACCAUUCUCCACUAUUUCACUAAUUCGGACUCCUUUGGGCGUUCAGACAACACUGGAAACCAGUCUGUGGAAUCAUUGUCGUUCGGCUCUUUUCUCUAUUCCCACGAGCAUCCCUUCUCCCGCCUCAGUCUAUCUUGUCGUGCGUGUAGACAAAGUGCUCAACGGUAGCACGGGGGCUGCAGUGGAAAAGUAUUUGAAAGCAGUGAACACGAGUAGUGCCAGUGCUUUGUUCGUCGAUGACAAGACAACGGGCGAAACUGAGAGCAAGUCAUCCUCCGCCAUCCAUCGUUCCAUGCUCACCUACUGUCGACAUUUGGGACGCUAUCGUAUGCCGUUUGCUUGGGGCGCCAGGUGCCUUACUAGUCGAACUUCCCUGAUUCCGCUGUUCAAAAUGGAUUCUAGCAAAAUGUCUGAGUCACUAUUUAUCCAGUCCGUGCAGCAGAUGGCUCGGCUGUUGGAGUCAAGUUCACCGUCCGCCGUCUCAAAGCUACCAAUGGGCGCUAGCGCUUCCUCGGAGAAGCGAGGCCUACCUUCAGACGGAGCGCCUAUUCUCCCUGGGCCAAAUGAAGGUGCCACUAAAGACGACUCUUGGUACUGUGAGCUCAUUGAACGCUACUUGAAAACCCAACUUUUACCCAUUCGUCUUGAGGUGGGCAUUUCGGAGUUGAUCGAUGCUUACGAGGGGCCCAGCAUCUACGACAGCAACUUGGUCACUCCAGAUCUGUUGCCACUGACGCCAAAUCACUCCGCCUCCGAUCCUACCCGAGCCAUACCACCCUCGCAUCCGACUCUUCGGCCAAACGAGCUUAUCCGUGAAGUGGAACACAUGUGGGAUUUCGGAACCAUUAUGUUGCACAAUCCAGCCAGCGAAUCCGGCCCAGGUGUGGUUUCAGACUCUGAUUUUGUGCUCUUCGCCAAUCCUACCUCCGGGAGCUUGCAUCGCGCGACCCAGCUUAACACACUCAUGGGUUCCACAGGCACUAGAUCCAAUCGGGAUUCUCUGAUAUCGUCCUCAAGCACAGGUAGCUCAAUUCAGCUUGACGCCGCACGCAAUCCGCAGUCAGCUGCCCAGAGUCGGACGAAUUCCCUGGACCGACCCACCUAUCGACCGUCUGGUGAGACGAUUGGUCGUCCCACAACCCCUAUCUCUCCUGAGCUUGUCCCAUUCACUACAUUUCUCAAUUCACUCUAUGUGUAUCCCAAGUUCUUGAACAUGGCUGUGAAGCAUGGCUUUCCUCGAGCUCGUAACUUGUCGUGUUUCAUGGAGCUUCGCUGUUCUGACGAUUUGCAACUAUCUUCUGCAUUACAAGUGUUCUUCUCCCGCCCUAGCAUGCGUCAGAUUCCCUUCGAUUCUUGGUGCAAUACGGCGGUCAUUUACCACGAGGCUGCACCACAUUUCAUGGACAAUUUCAAGUUGUGUCUUCCAUUACAUUUGACUCCUCAACAUCAUCUACUCUUCCGGUUCUAUCACGUGAGCGUGGACACUGCUGGGAGUUUGAGUGCCAAAGACAAACCAAUGGGCAAGAAGCCGUUGGAAUCCAGCACCGGCUACGCUUGGCUUCCUAUCCUCGGCUCAGAUGGGAACACUGCAGGCAUUCCGAUUCGAAAUGCUCCCCGACGUGGCGGCGGGACACGCGAACUGCGCGGUGCGUCUGAGCGCUCAUCGCAGUUCCCUGACCCCAUAGUUGAAAAUGGUGUCAUGCACCAACAGGAACGCCCGGAAGCCGCAUCCAGUCUGACUAGUAGCACCCUGACCUUAACCGAACUCGGUGAUGUCUGUGGGUCGAUGGAUAAUGGCCAGACUGGAAUGCUUAACGGAGCCUUUGCGUCGAACCGGAACAAGCACCUUGACCCUGACCGAAUGGACGGGAUACGACUGGCGGAUGAUCUAUAUGACACUACAGAUCAAGAUUGGGGCAAUCAAGUCCUAAGUCUCGUCGGAGUCCUUUCCGUCGCCCCACAAACGCGCCCCACUUCAGUCGCAACGCAGUGGAUGUCCUCGAACGGCACCGCGGCGGCAGAGGAUUCCACCAUCACAUCAGUCACCUCUGAGCACGCUGGUACAGCUCAACCACACCAACACCGUCUUCCCAUUGGGCCUCAUCCCGGAGCAAGCGCUGGACUUCGUCGGCUCACGGACAAGCUACAACGCGAGCUCUUUAUCUGCCUUCUGCACAUCCUGUCUACCGUGACUGAUGACCACGUAAUCGCGUUGUAUAAGAACUUUACGAUUCAGGAACGCGUGAACUUCUUGCUUAUGCUCAACUACGCUAUUCAACAUUUACAAUAUCGAGGAAAGCAAUGCAUUCAAAAAUACGAACACAUUAGCAGAAGUCGUGUUGCUGUUGGACGACCGCCUUUGCCAAUCCACUCUCAGCUUACAAAGCGUUCCGGUAGUGCGGCUGGGAGAACUGCAGAGAACAAUGUCUAUACCUCUGGUACUACUGAAGAUCUCAAAGAAAAUGGGGCAAGCGAGAUCACAGAUUACAAAAUCCUUUUGGAGGCAAAUUUAGCUACCGAAUCGGGACUUAUUGUACUUGAUUUGCUUCACAUUUUCUCCAGCGUAUUUAGAUCCGAUCUGCAGUCAAGUAAACCCGAUGACCCGAUGUUUAAGGGGAUUUUGGAAGUGUACAUCGCUCUCCUGUCGCAUAACCCCUCUGAUUAUCUGAUUCGACACACGUUUGCUGCGCUGCGAGUUUUCAUCGGUCGCUUCGCCAAGGUACUCUUCUCCCAGUCCACUGAUGUUCUUAAUGCGGUGUGCUUGACUAGCCUUCGUUGGGCAAACGAGAGCUCAUCUCGUGCACUGGAAUCUGAAUCUACUCCGCCACUGGCAGAUGAAAGUGUACCGCUAAACGAUGCGGUCGCUCAAAUCCGCGCGGAUUCCUGCAGUUUUCUAUAUAAAUUAUGGAAAUGCAGCUAUGAAUCAUUCGGUGCGGCGGGCUUCCACCGCGUUCAUCUGCAGACCAUCAUCUCCGUUUCCAAAUUGGUCAGCGAAAUCGGACCCGGCUUCGAUUGCAGUCUCAACUUGUUGCACUCACUCGUGGACACUGAUAUGCGCGGCAGUUACACAGCCACGAAUUCGGAUUCGAAAUUUUGGCUGUUUGGUAACAACCGCCAGUUGUUCGCGGACGAAGUGGACGAUCUCAUUCGACGCAUACGCACGGUACUGGCCGCUACUGCUGAGAUGCGUCAACACAGUGACGAUCAUGAACGGCUGGUCGACUUGCACUAUUUCUUGGCCAAGUCCUACAGCAGUAAUCCGGCACUUCGACGCACGUGGCUAGAGGAGUUGGCAAAGUUGCACAUGAGCACUAAAAGCUUGGCUGAACUUGCCAUGACAAAAUUGCACAUUGCUGCCUUGAUGGUCGAAUACCUCAGGAGACGAGGUGAUUUCCCCCACAGCUGCGACGAUUUCACAGCUAUAUCAUCCAACAUUUGCCAAGAAGAAAACGGGCUACGCACUGAUUCGGCUCUUCUAGAGAUUCCAUACUCUCAGGAUGUCCUUUUGACCGACAUUAACGAAGCCGCUGCCACGCUUGAGGCCGCUGGCUUAUUUGAAGCCAUUCGCCCUGUCUACAAUCUGGUUCUGCCGGUAUACGAAGCGCGUCAAGAUUACACCGCCCUAGCUCAAGUGUAUCGUCAUAUCGGGCGCGCGUACGAGAGUACUGGGAUCGCGGAAGCUAGCGGCCACAGGCUUUUCGCAGCUUAUUUCCGAGUGAUUUUUCACGGUUCACUCUUCAAAACCCUGAACGGAAAAUCUUUUGUGUACCGCACCAACGCUUGCCAAAAGUUGAACACCAUGUGCAGUGAGCUCCUGACCAGGUAUUCCAAGAAGUACGGCCCCGAUGCAGUGGAUCUGUGUGUGGACUACGCGUUUAAUCAAGAUACAGCGGACCAGAACAAGGCCUACAUUCAGGUCACCUACGUGGAACCGUACAAACCGACAACACAAUCCACCAAUUCCCUGAGUUCGUAUGCGAGACACCACGAUGUACGCCAAUUCAUGUUCGAGACACCGUUCAUUCUUCUCCCCGGCCUUUCGGCCACAGCCAGUUUACUCGCCUCGGGCCCGAAACGAAGCGAGGAUUUGACACUGCAAUGGAAGCGCCGAACGGUGGUCACUACUGAGGCGAGCUUUCCUCAUUUACGUCGACGUUUGGAGGUUGUCGAUGUGUCGGAGACGGAUUUGUCACCCAUCGACGCAGCGAUCGACGCAAUUUCUUGUAAAAACCAUGAAUUGCGAAGUCACGUGAAGACGAUUUCUAAUCUAUCCCUUACUGCUUCCAGCAACACAGGUGACUCUUCGGAUUGCAGUUCCGAACGUGUCACUGUUACCUCCAUCGGUAUUCGAUCUCCUGUGAAUUGCGCCGCUGCGAACUGGUCCGGUGGACGGGCAAACAGCGACUCUCGCGAUGUGCACUGUAUUCCCCUUAUUAUGGAUAUGCAACUUCAGGGCGCAUUGUUGCCCACAGUGAACGCUGGCCCAAUGGCGUAUGCGGAGGCCUUUCUCAAAGCGGAACAUCAGUCGCUGUACCCCGCGGACAAGGUGGCCCACCUUCGCGAUUUGUUUUUUGAAUUCCUCACACUUUGUCUGGUCCUUCUUACCCACUAUCAUCGUCUCAUGUCUAGUGCGCAUGAGGCCAAAUAUCACGCCAUGCGCCAGGCUUUGGAUCGGUACCGAGUAGAUCUGAGCAAUCUUCUCAAAGUGGAGAUCACGGUGGAUGAGAAGCGACUCGUUAUCGGUCCGAGGUCGACGAGCGUCUCAGAUCUUACAGCUUCCAUUAUCAGCGCGGCUAGCGAAUGUUGA